AUGCCUGGUGCACGAGCAUUCAGAAGGUCUCCUUUCCAACUUCGUGCAGAGGCUGCUCCACAGCGUGGGCGUUUAUCGCCGGUACGCUCGACGUCUUGCGUGAACUCUUCAUUGCCAAAAGACAAAAAGACGAAACGAAGUGUAGUCACUGAGAAGGACAGUAGGCCUGAAGAACCGUCAUCCGAGUCUGAUGCUAAGACACACCACAUUCAUCAUUAUGCUUCGCGUCACAAAGUAUCUUACGCAAAAGCGAAGAAAAUGAUAGAAGAAGAGGAACGGAAGCUUCAAAAAUCUGCAAAGAAGAAUAGUCGACGUUCACGGAGAGGAGGCAAGCGGAGGAAGGAAGAGCGAAUUGUUGAGAAGGCGGAACAGAAGAAAGACGUGUACAUGAAAGGUUUCGAACCCCUUCCAAAACAGAAGUAUGCGAAGAAUGUCGACGAUACCGAAGAGUACAAUAGUGGAUCAGAUCCAUAUGAAGGAGUAGAACCAUAUCGGCCAUAUCGGCGGAAUUAUCUUCCUGAAAGAAGCUUGGAGGAGGGUGAAAUUCUCGAUGACAGCUUUGAUUAUGGCGAUGCUCCGUCGUUGAGAUAUCCCGAAUUCCUUGCUAUAGGUACGAUUUAUGUUUGUCAAUUUUUUUUGUGGUUGAGAUGUCCUGAUACUCUACACAAAGAAAAUGCCGAAAGAACCCGUCCAGAAGGGCUGGAAGAGCUGAAAGUAAACGCACAGAGUCCAACAAAUAUGAUGAGAUCCUUUUGA